AUGACAGAUUUAAUAUAUGCAGUUCGCGGAUCUACCGGUUUUGCAUUGAAACGAGGACUUGGGAAACCUGAAGAAUUGGCUGGGGAAAAAUUAGAUCCAAAAUAUGCAGUUUGUCGUUGUUUUAAAUUUAGCAAUGAUGGAGCCUAUUUUGCCUAUUGUGACUCUUCAAGGACAGUUUUAGUAGAAUCUUCAACUGGACGUGAAUGUUUUUCUUCUGAAUUGGCUAAAACUCAUUGUAUUUUAUUCUCACCAAAGGAUAAAUAUAUGGUUACUUAUGAGCCAUAUGUAAUUUAUGGAACUCGAAUGAAUCAAGACGGAACAGUAAAAACUCCAAAUCCAAAUCUUCGUAUUUUUGAAGUUUCGACUGGUAAACUUUUGGCUACUUUAAUUGCUGAUAAACAGUCUGUUUGGAAGCCUCAUUUUACUGAUGAUGAUUCUAUUGCUAUUAGAGUUAAAGGCUCUGAAAUUUUAUUCUACAAAAAUGGAGAAUUUGAAAAAUAUUCAAACAAGAUUGUAAUUAAAGAUAUUGCUCAAUUAUCUUUAAGUCCAGGUUCAUCUCCACAUAUUGGUUGUUUUAUUCCGUCAAAGAAUCAACCAGCAUUAAUUCAAUUGAGAACAUUAAAUGAUUCAUUGGAUGUAAUUUAUACAAAGACGAGUUUUAAUUGUGAUCGUUGUGUAAUGAAUUGGAAUACUAAAGGUUCUGCUUUACUAGUAACAGCAUCUGUAGAUGUUGAUAAAUCAAAUCAAUCUUAUUAUGGUGUAAGCCAUAUUUAUUGUAUUUUGACAAAAGAUGGUGGUUCAUGUUUUCAAGUACCUCUGGAUAAGCAAGGGCCAGUACAUUCUGUUGAAUGGGCACCCAAUGCAAAAGAAUUUUGUGUUUGUUACGGGUUUAUGCCUUCAAAGGUAACAAUUUUCAAUAUGAAAGGUGAUAUAAUUUGGGAUAUUGGUGAAGGACAUCGAAAUGAAAUUCAUUAUAAUCCCCAAUCAACAAUUUUGGUAACUUGUGGGUUUGGAAAUAUUUCUUCUGGAAGAAUGGAAUUUUGGAAUUUGUCAACAAGAAAAGAAAUUAGUCAAUUUUGUGUUCCACAUACAACACAUUUUGGUUGGGCACCUGAUGGACAACAUAUUUGCACUUCAACUACCGCACCACGUUUAAGAACAGAUAAUGGUUAUCGUAUAUGGACUUAUCAGGGAAUUAAAGUUGCUGAACAUUUGUUUGAAAAGGAAGAAUUGUGGGAGGUCAAAUGGAAGCCUAGCAAUUCAUAUUCAAAAUUUGCAAUAGAAGAGCCUUCUAAAGAACAAAAAAGUAUAAAUUCAAAAAUGGGAUAUACUAGCAACAAUAAUAAUUUGGUGGAUAGUCUUCCAAAGGGAGCUGUAACUUCCCAAGGUGUUUAUGUACCUCCGCAUUUGAGAGGAGGAGGUGGUGGAGGAGGAAAACCGUCAACAACAGGAGCAAAAUCUUCAACAAAUAAAAAUGCUUCCAACAAUAAUAAUUCAUCUGCAGCAAGUGGACUAAAUGAAAUUGAAAAGAAAAUUCGUUCAUGUCAAAAAAAAUUGGAUGAUAUUGAAAUUUUGAAAGAACGUUUAUCUUCUGGACAACGUUUAGAAAUUAAUCAAAUGGAAAAAAUUAAAAAUGAAGAAAAAAUUAAAAUUGAAUUGGAAAAACUUAAAUUAGAAAAACAAGGAAGAGGAGGAGAAGAAGGAGGGCAAGAAGUUGUUAAGGAGAAGGAAAAGAAUUGAAAGAAGAAUUUUUAAAAAAGCAAAAUUAAUUUUAAAAAAAGCAGUAGUAUGAAAUUUUUUUUUAAUUAGUUAAAUUUUAUAUAUAAAUUUAAAUUUGAGGAUAGGGGUGGGAUGAGAGAAAAAAAUUAAAAAAAAAUUUUUCAGGUGAAGGGGAAAAAUUUUUUCAGGUUAAGAGGGAAAAUUUUUUUGGGGGUUUUAAAGUUUCAGAAUUUUUUUUCAAAAAAAAAUAUUUUUUUGAUUCUUGAAAAAUGGGUUAUUUUUCUGGAUAAAAAAUUUUUUUCUUCUCAUACAAUUAAUUUUUGUAGUGUGAGACAGGGAGAGGAGAGAGAAUAUGGCGCUUUUAUUACUAUAUUUUAUUUUUCUUUUUUGUUUAUUAAAAAAAUUAUAGUUUUAUUUUUUUUAAUUUUCUUUGAAGAAUAAAAAUGUUGUCAGAUUUUAAUUAUUUUAAAUUUUCAAUUUUUCAAAUUUGUGAAAAUACUUUUUUUAUGAAAUUUAAUUUUUAUUAGCGCGUGAAUAUUGGGGCAAUAUUUGGAGAUUAUUUGACAAGGUUGUUUAUUUUAAUUUCUGAUUUGUUUUUCUGAUAUGCAAAUGUUUUUCUGAUGAGUGUGUUUUGUUUUUGUGUUUUUCCUUCUGUCUGUGUUUUUAUGUUUUUCUGAUUUUUCUGGUUACUGUU